AUGGAGGUGUUCAUGCCUCGAGGCGCGACAGGCUCUUUGCAGUACAUACAGCUCCAGAAUCCUCAGAUUCAGUCAUAUGGCGCGCGGGAGUUGUUCAGCAGCCUCGGCGAAAGCGACGACGGCAUCAAAGAAUCCUCUUUUCCUCUGGAUGCUUCACUACAUUCCUCCACCGAAACCAAAGGGACAAUCGCUAAGGGCGUCUACGGAAACAAGCUGGGCGACUUCGGCAUGUACGAGAAGAUUGUGGAAAUCACUGAGGUCGAAGAAACCAGAAACAUGAUUUUGGAGGAAGCAUGA